AAUUAUUGAGUUAAUGGAAAGAUAUAGCUCUAAUGCUGCCGAUUGGAAUAAAUAUACAUUAUUUGAUCAUUCAAGAGCAUAUACUCGUAACUUGGUUGAUGAUGGAAAUGGAAAGUUUAAUUUGAUGAUUUUAGCUUGGAGCAAAGGUCAAAAGAGUCCAAUUCAUGAUCAUGCAGGUUCUCAUUGUGUUAUGAAAGUACUUGACGGAGAAUUAAAAGAAACACUAUUCCAUUGGCCAUCUACGUCAGCUGACAAUGAUGAUAAUAACCAACCUGUUUUUAUGGAUAUUACAGCCAAUGAGUCAUCAAAGUCAGGUUCUUCUUUGUCAAACACAAAUACUAUUCAACAACAGCAACAACCAUUGACUGUCUUAAAAGAUACUAUAUAUCAGCCUAAUCAAGUUACAUAUGUACAUGAUAAAAUAGGCUUACAUCGUAUUUCUAAUCCAAACAAAGAAUGUGGGGCUGUUUCACUUCAUUUAUAUACUCCUCCAUACAAAAUGUGUAAAACAUUUGAAGAGAACACAGGCAGAGCAAGAUGUAGUGGUAUUUGCUCUUUUUAUUCUAUUGGUGGAAAUCGUGUUUAACAAAAAAAAAAUUAAUAAAAAUUCUAUCCUGCAAACACAUAUUAUAUUUAUAAUAAAUACAAACAUUUUUGUUAAAUAAAGAAAGUAUUAAAAAUAAAAAUAAAGGAAAGAAAGAAAGAAA